AAUAUACGCUUGCAUGCACCUGAUUCUAUCCCAUGAAACCACUCGCUCUAUAAAAUGGAACUCAUUUCGGUGGCUUAUAACGUCGAGUGUGAUAUUCGAGCUUAAACCCUAGCCGCUUCUUCACUCUCUCUUCUGCUAGGUUUAAGGUUCCUGCAACAGUCAUAAUGGCAUUUUUGAACAAGGUUGGAAACGUUUUGAGGCAGGGUGCUGCUCAGAGAAGCCAAGCACCUGUGGCAUCCAUGCUUAAUUACAUUCGCUGCAUGUCUUCAAGCAAGCUUUUCAUUGGAGGCCUUUCUUAUGGAGUUGAUGAUAAGUCUCUUGAGGAUGCAUUUUCAAGCUUUGGAACGGUUGCAGAGGCAAGGGUUAUCGUUGAUAGAGAUACUGGAAGAUCAAGGGGAUUUGGAUUUGUCAGCUUUGACAGUGAGGAGUCAGCAUCUUCUGCACUAUCUUCUAUGGAUGGACAGGAUCUUAAUGGGCGAAACAUUCGCGUGUCCUAUGCAAAUGAUAGACCUGCUGGACCUCGGGGUGGUGGCAAUCAUGGUACUGGUGGCGGUUAUGGUACUGGUGGCGGUUAUGGUGAUCGUAAUUCCGGAGGUGGUUGGUGAUCCAAUCAUUUUAAACCAUUAUAUGUCUCUUUUUCGUAUGUUGAGUUUUUAGUCCUAAAAAUCCAUUUCAGGAUGCUGCUGAAGUGACAAAUUAGUAUUUAGUGACAUGUUACAUUGGUCCUGUUAUUUACAUUUCUUGGGUUAUGUUAUUCUGUUAAAUUUUAUUGAGCA